UACCUAUUCCCAAGUCUAAGAGAAGUGCUGAUAACGCUAAUACUGUCAUUUUCAGUGGCAAUACUGGCAUUCUCAAUGGUAAUCAAGUUUACGCACCUGUACAAAGUCCAAUUAAUCUUUGCGGAAUUGCUAUUAGUAUUCCUGACGAUUCAUCUUCUGGUUGUCAAUUGUUAAAUCCCGAAAAGCUUGCGUGA